AUGUUCGACUUUGCCUACAAGAGCUACAUAAACUACGCAUUUCCCUUCGAUGAGCUGAACCCCAUUAACUGUACCGGCCGUGGUUAUGAUCAUGAAAGACCAGACAAUAUCAAUGUAAAUGAUGCUUUGGGAGAUUAUCAUUUGACUCUUAUCGAUACGUUGGACACCUUAGCGGUUAUGGGGAAAUCGGAGGAUUUUGUGCACGCGGUCGAAUUGCUGCUAAAUAAUUUAUCAUUUGAUCGAAAUAACAGGGUACAGCUUUUCGAGGCUACAAUAAGGGUGAUGGGUGGACUUUUGUCAGCUCAUAUGUUAAUUACCGAUCCUGCUCGUCCCUUUGGAGAUCUUCGUCCAAAGAACUACGAUAACGAACUUCUGGCUCAUGCACAUGAUCUGGCUAAUCGCAUGCUAGAUUCUUUUGAGGUAAGCAGUUUGUCCAUUUGA